AUGGAAAUACAUUAGUAUUUGGUAGUCAUGAUCAGUCUAUCUGUUUAUGGGAUGUUAAGACAGGAAAAUUAAAAGCCAAUGAAGAUGGUCAUUCAAGUGAAGUUAAUUCAAUUUAUUACUUUCCUGAUGGAAAUACAUUAGUAUCCGAUAGUCAUGAUAAGUCUAUCCGUUUAUGGGAAGUUAAGAUAGGAAAAUGAAAAGACAAAUUAGAUGGUCAUUCAAGUGCUGUUUUUUCAAUUUGUGACUCUCCUGAUGGAAAUACUUUAGCUUCUGGUAGUGAUGAUAAGUCUAUUAGUUUAUGGGACGUUAAGACAGGAUUAUAAAAAGUCAAAUUAGAUGGUCAUUAAAAUGAAGUUAAUUCAAUUUAUUACUUUCCUGGGGAUGUUAAGACAGGAUAAUGAAAAGCCAAAUUAGAUGGUCAUUAAGGAACAGUUAAUUCAAUUUAUUACUCUCCUAAUGGAAAUACAUUAGCAUCAGGUAGUCAUGAUAAGUCUAUCUGUUUAUGGAAUCGUAAAACAGGAAAAUUAAAAGCCAAUGAAGAUGGUCAUUCAAGUGCAAUUUAUCAAUUUGUUACUCUCCUGA